UUUUAAUUUCAUCGCCAUGGCCGAAGAAGAGUUAACGGUGAAAAAAAUUAGUUUGGUAAUUAAAACUGCAAAAGAGAAGAAGACUGUUGAUAUAGAAGAUAAUGCUAGCAUUAAAAAUUUGAGAGAAAAAGUAUCCCAGUACUUCAGCACACCUUUGGAUCAAGUUUGUCUCAUCUUUGCUGGAAAAAUAUUAAAAGAUCAUGAAACAUUAGGAACUCACAAUAUAAAGGAUGGACUGACUAUUCAUCUGGUUGUAAGAUCUGCUACAAGACAUCAGGAGAGACAACCAGGGACAGAGGGUCAUCAGAGUGGUGCUGACAUUUCUGCUACACCAUUUGGGCUUGGAAACAUUGGAGGAUUGCCAGGACUUGCUGGUUUGGGUUUGGGAUCUGGAAAUUUCAUGGACUUGCAACAAAGAAUGCAACAGGAGUUUCUUAGCAACCCUGAUAUGAUGCGUCAGCUUAUGGAGAACCCAAUGGUACAGUCAAUGAUGAAUAAUCCUGAGUAUAUGAGACAGUUAAUUACAAGUAAUCCACAGAUGCAGCAACUUAUGGAAAGAAAUCCAGAAAUUAAUCACAUGUUGAACAAUCCUGAUUUGCUGCGACAAACAAUGGAAGUUGUGAGAAACCCUGCUAUGUUACAGGAACUAAUGAGGAGUCAGGAUAGGGCACUCAGCAAUAUAGAGAGCAUACCUGGUGGUUAUAAUGCUCUCAGACGGAUGUAUACUGAUUUGCAAGAACCAAUGCUUAGUGCUGCUCAAGAGCAGCUUGGAGGAAAUCCAUUUGUUGCCUUGAUGAAUAACAACACUGAGAACCAAAAUAAUUCUGGGCAACAAGGAACAGAGAAUAGGGACCCUUUACCUAAUCCUUGGGGUUCCAGUGGAGGCACCACAUCCAGCACUACCACCUCCACCACCACUAAUGGCACAAAAAAUUCAUCUUUAGGACAGAAUGCUACAACAGGAGGUUCUUUCUUUGGUUCCCCUGGUAUGCAGAGUUUGAUGCAACAGUUAGUGGAAAACCCACAGUUAAUGCAGAAUAUGAUGAGUGCCCCGUACAUGCAGUCAACACUCCAAGCCCUGUCUGCUAAUCCUGAAAUGGCACGACAAAUUGUAGCCAACAAUCCUCUUCUUUCAGGCAAUCCCCAACUUCAAGAACAAAUCCGAAAUAUGAUGCCUGUAUUUCUUCAGCAGAUGCAGAACCCAGAAAUUCAGUCUCUCAUCACUAACCCACAAGCCAUGAGAGCUAUAAUGCAGAUACAACAAGGCAUGGAGCAACUACAACAAGUUGCCCCAGGAGCUUUCAGUGUCUUUCCAGGAAGUCGGCCUUCAAAUAUCAGUACCACUGUUUCUUCACCAAAUCUUACAACUAGCAGUACUGGUAUAACCACUAGUAACACAACUAGCACUACCACCAGUAGCAGUGGAACUAAUGUAACAGGGAAUACUGGCCAUGAUCCUUUCAGUCAGUUCAUGUCUCAGAUGGUAUCAGCCAUGGCCCAAGGUGGAAACAAUACACAACUGCCCCCAGAAGAAAGAUAUAGAACACAGCUUGAACAGCUGACAGCCAUGGGAUUUGUAAACCGAGAUGCAAAUUUACAAGCUUUAAUUGCUACUUUUGGUGAUGUCAAUGCUGCAGUUGAAAGGCUUCUACAGUCCCAGCAGUAGCAAGAUACCUGAUCUUUGGUGAACAUUCUUGAAAAAGAUACUUAGCUUGUUCAGAAAUAUAAUAUUUUAUUGUACAGAAUGGUCUACGUAAUAACUAAUUUACCCCUAUCUGGAAUAAGCAGAUGAACAUUGGGUAAUUUGGUUUUUCCCUUUUUUCUUCUUUUUUUGCAAGUAAGGAAUACUUCUGGUAUUUUUGUUACUGAUAGAUUUAUCCAUUGCUCUUUCUCUGGAUUCUUUCUAUCCAAGUUUCAUCAGCUCUUGAUCAGUUUAUCUGCAGCUGUAUUACUAAAAUCACCACCUAAGUGACAAACUGUAAGGAAGAAAUUGACCAAUAUUUUUGAAAGUAUAAGAAGUGAGAUUAUUAACAGUUUUUGUUACCAUUAGUGUGUGAUUAAAUUCUUUGAUGCAAAACUACUUCUUGUUUCUUCAUAUAUUAGCCAUUCAUCACUAAUUGGGUUGAUAUUGAUACUAAGAAUUGUUUUUUUUGCUAUAUCUCAAAAGCAAGUAUAAUAUACCACAAAGCAAAUUCCUAAUAAACCCAUUAAUUAAUGAUAAUUUAUUUACUAUUGGAAACAAGAAAUCAAUAGGCAUGCUGCAAGUUUUUAAAUGAUUAAAGAUACUGUUGCCGAGAAAGUGAUUAUUGAGUAGUUAAGAAUAUAAAGUAGAUAUCAAACCAGGUUAUUUCUUCAUCAGUAUCUAUUUCUUUUGGCCUCUUCAUGUACUUUAAAACUACAUAAAAGACAAAGAUUUAAAGGUUUGUAAUGAAAAGAGUGAUUAUUAUGAAGUUAGUAAGUAUAUGCUAUUUAAAGCCAGAAAAUUUGUAGAUUAACAUGCAUACAUAAGGUAUACAAGUUGGAAUGUAAAAUACCCUUUUAUACUGGCAAUUAUUAUUUCAACAGACAUUGUGUUGGAAAAAUUUCAUUUUAACCCUGAAGUCUGGUAUUGGAAAAAAAGUACAUUUUUAACUGCACUUGUUUCUUUUAAAACUCUAGUUUCUGGAUUAGUAUGUUAAGUCUUAGCUAAGUUUAAGUCUAGGUUAAGUUAUACUGUAUUAUACUAAAUUAUGUCAUGUAAAAUGUGGACAAGACAGAAAAAAUUCAUGCAAAAAAACAAACAAACAGUACUCUGACAUCCUACAUUGUAUUGUUUUUCAUUUGUAUAAUUGAUUUUAUGUUUCAUUCUUGCAUGAUGAAAAAUUCUCAGAAAUAACAAUUGUUUAAAAAGUUUUGAAUGACCAUUUACAUGUUUUUGUUAAUUUUCCAUUAUAUUGGAACAGGCAGGACCAGUCUGUUAAAGUUGAAUCUCUAGUUUGUCUACAUGCCAGAAAUACCUUGAUGCAGUUUUCAGAUAAAUCUGCAGCCACAUAUUUUCUUGUUGUCACCCAGAAUAACAAUUUCGAAAAUAUAAACACGUAUACUUAUUUUAAACAAUCUCUUAUAUGUCCAUGCUCAUGCAAAUUCAUAGAUCUAGUCCCAAGAGCCCUCCCCAAACCUCUUUUAACCCAAGUAGGAGCUCAAGUUUCAAAAAUUCAAACAUUUUUUUUUUUAGAUUAUUGUUUUAAACAGCCAACUUACAUGUUAGUACUAAUUUUUUUAAGUAAAUCAGAUUAGUCAAACCUGAGAGCUUAAAAAGCCCCUGGACAGAGUGCAGGCCAGUGAUUCACAUCACAUUACUGGCGAAAAAAAAAUAAUAUAUAAGGCAUCCAUACUUUGGGUGGGUUUAUGAGUGCAUUAUAAGAGUGAUGGUCAAAUCCCACUAUUUACUUUGACAAAAGUAGCCAAAGAGUUGUUGGGGGAUGGUAUUGACUAGCUGCCUUCUAUCUAGUCUAUUACUUCAAAAAUAGGGAAGGUUAAUGCAGAUAGCUCUUUUGUAGCUUUGCACGAAAUCCAAGAAGAAAAAGCCCCUUGGCUCUACCCCAUACUUUUGGGCCUCUUUCACCUUCACAGCUCUUUCCUACCUGCACAAUUUCAAGGGUUUUUGUCAAAAAUUAUGAGAAAAGUUAAAAAAUAUAGAUAUAUAUAUAUAUAUAUAAGUAGUAUUGUGAAUUUCUAUGUAGACUGAAAAUACUUAUAAAUUAUACAGUGGAGUGUAGAUAAUUUUGGUUUUGUUCAAAAUGAGAAAAUGUGUUACUGAUGUAAAUUCUACUGAUUUAAUGUAAGUCUAACCUACAUAGGGAACUUGCAACAUUUCUGUUAUAGCAUUUUCUAUUUUUUCUGGUAAUUCUUAUGGUUAGGACUAUCUGAAUUGAACAGUUGUCAUAUUUGUAUCUUCUGUAUGUAGUUGUUGAAGUGGGAAUAAAAGUGUACUUUCAUAAA